AUUUCCAAAGAGAAUUCCGUAAGUGUACUUUAUUUUUUCAACAAACGUGUAGUAGUAUUAGCUUUUUCAGUUAACUUAAAGUUAUAGUGAAAAUAUCAGAAAAGUUGUUAAGCGUCUAUACCAAAAUUAAUUUGCUUUUACAAUCUUAUACAUCGCACCUUUGUUUUAACUGAAAACAAAAACUUCACAUUUUAUUAACGCAAAAUACAAUAUAAUAAUUACAAUGGCAGAAUUACAAAUGAAUGAAGGAUGGAAUAGUGAUCAAGAAUUUGAAUAUCCAUUUUCUGUAGAAGAAAGUAUACCUAGUCAAAAAAUUCAUAGAACAAAGACUAGAUUUAAUAAUGUUAGAAAUUAUAAAAAUGGUUCACAACAAACAAAACCACAUGGUCUAAUUAUAAAUAUAGAUUCAAAAAAAGUAGGUAAGCUUAUAGGUAAAGGUGGUUGCAAUAUAAAAGAAUUACAAGAGAAAAGUAAUGCAAAGAUUAAAAUAGAACAGUCUACUACAUAUGGUAUUAGUACAGCUACUUUAACUGGAUCUCAAGCAGCACAAAACAAAGCUAAAGAAUUAAUUGAUGAAUUAUUAAAAGAUCCUCCACAACCUGUGAAAAUUGAGCAGGAAAAGAAAAAACAAAUCCCUUGGAGUCAAAUUAACAAGAGAAAUCAUGAAGAAGAGCCAUUUUCCUAUCCACCUAUAUACAAGAACUUUUACAAAGAGGAUUCCGUUAUCGCUCAAAUGUCUGCGGAACAUGUAGCAGAAAUAAGGUUAAAGAAUAAUAAUAUUGAAGUUCAACAUGUGUUUGAUGAUGAAGAAAAUACUGCUAACGAAUUAUGUAUCCCUAAUCCUAUUGAAACGUUUGAACAAGCUUUUCAUAAUUAUCCAGAAGUUCUUCAAGAAAUAAGAAAACAAGGUUUCACGAAACCAAGUCCGAUACAAUGCCAAGCAUGGCCAAUUCUACUUAGUGGCAAAGAUAUGAUUGGUAUAGCACAGACUGGAACAGGCAAAACAUUAGCAUUUCUUUUACCUGCAUUAAUUCAUAUUGUUGGUCAAAAGACUCCUUUUAAUGAAAGACUUGGUCCUAAUGUUCUAAUUUUGGCCCCAACUAGAGAAUUAGCAUUACAAAUAGAAAAAGAAGUAGGAAAAUAUUCAUAUCAUGACAUUAAAGCUGUUUGUGUGUAUGGCGGUGGUAACCGACAAGAUCAAAUAGAUACAGUAACAAAAGGUGUACAAAUAGUCAUAGCUACUCCAGGAAGAUUAAAUGAUCUUGUAUCAGUAAGAGCUGUAGAUGUAAGAUCUGUUACAUAUCUUGUACUAGACGAAGCGGAUCGUAUGCUGGAUAUGGGAUUCGAACCUCAAAUUAGGAAAAGCUUAUUAGAUGUGAGAUCUGAUAGACAAACUAUAAUGACAAGUGCUACAUGGCCACCAGGUGUUAGACGCUUAGCACGAUCGUAUAUGCAAAAUCCAAUUCAAGUAUUUAUUGGAUCAUUAGAUUUAGCAGCUGUACAUACAGUUAAACAACAAAUUUAUAUGAUCAGUGAGGAAGACAAAAUGCCUAUGUUAUAUGAAUUUAUUCACAAUAUGGAACCUGAAGACAAAGUUAUUGUAUUUUUUUCUAAAAAAGCAAGAGUAGAUGAUUUAUCAAGUGAGUUAGCUCUCGCACAUAUUAGUUGUCAAAGUAUUCAUGGUGGCAGAGAUCAAGAAGACAGAGAACUAGCCAUAGAAGAAUUAAAAACAGGCUUGGUACGAAUUCUUCUUGCAACUGAUGUUGCCAGCAGAGGACUUGACAUCGAGGAUAUAACACAUGUCUUCAAUUAUGACUUUCCACGUGACAUAGAAGAAUAUGUUCAUCGAGUUGGACGUACAGGACGCGCUGGUAAAACUGGAGAGAGUAUAACAUUUAUGACCAAAGAUGACUGGUCACAUUCCAAAGAACUCAUCAGUAUUUUAGAAGAAGCUAGUCAAUUAGUGCCAGAUGAGUUAUACAGUAUGGCUGAAAGAUACGAAGCCUGGAAAGUAAAAAAGGCAGAAGAACGAGCGAAUAAUCGUUCAUGUGGGCGAGGCUACAAGUCUGGCUUUAGUAGACAAAAUAGAUGGGGCGGAAAAUGGUAACUUUUUUUACCAUUGAUCAACAGAAUGAUAUACGCAAUUUUUUUCUUAUUUUUUUUUUUUUUUCUUAUUCCACUCAAAACAUACAAAUCAAUCCAUUUUUAAAGUAAUGCAUUUUACUUAUUACAUUAUGAAACUGUGCAAUGAAGUAUUUUUCUUAUAUAUAUAUUUUUUUUUUGUUCCAAAAUUCUCAUUUAGUUAAUUGCGUAUAUCAACACAAGGGGGGGGGGGGGGAAGAGAAAAUAAUCUAUUUAAAGUAACUAUAUUUAUAUAUUUGUAUUUUUUGUAUAAACACAUUUUAUAUCGUAUAGAAAUAAAUGUGAUAACGUUAA